CUACCUCACCCUAUUUCCUCCAAUAGGAAAGUAAUGUUGGGUCAACUUCCAAAACAAAGUAGCCAAGAAACUGAACCACAGCAGUUGAUGCGAGAAUUGUACGAUACUUUAGAGAGAGAAAACGACUUGAAAGAACAGAUGAAGUUUACCGAACUUGAGGCCAAAAACAUGCGCAAGAAACUAUCUGAUCUUGAAGAAGAAAACGAGAGUCUUACUGUACAGAUUAAAAAGCUGAUGUCGGCCAAAACCAUUUUCACCAAGAAAUCUGAAGAUGCCGGGUCGGCAGCUAAAGAAAUUGAAUUAAAUUUGAUGCUCGAAAUGAGUGAAAGAGAAAACGCUAUAGCUAGGCGUAAAGUGGCUGAAUUAGACCACAUGAACGAUAGCCUCCAGGAAGAGGUAAAAUAUCUGGAGAAACGUAUCGAGGAAAAAGAGCAAGAGAUGAGCAAAGUCCCUGAACCAACCACACCGAAUGCUUAUUACGAAGACAAAAUCAAGGAAUUGACUGAACAAACCGAUGAGCUUAAAUGGAAGCUUAUCGAAAAAGACAGAGAGAUUGAAAGACUUUCGGCUUUAGUUCAGAAUAUAAAUACGAAACAGAACCGUUUGAAAAAGAGCCGGUCGUUGGACAGUGACAACCAAGUCGUGGAUCUUAAUCGUCAGCUAACUCAUGUUCAGCAAGAAGCGAGUAUAUUAAGGGACAAGCUUGUCAAAAUCGAAUCCGAGAACGAACGCUAUAUCAAAGAAAAUCGUAAGCUUCAAUUCCAAGUAUCUCAUAAAGUACCAGCUGUGACAGCAGACGAUGCUGCCUUAGAGAACGUAGAACUGAAGGCCUUAGUAAAGAAGCUGGAGACUGAUAAUAAAGAACUAAAUAGUAAGCUGAGGUUGAUGUCUGAGGACGUGCGUAAAAUGAGUAAAAAAGAGAGCUUUAAGCUACCCUUAGCAACCACCCUCAUUGGCACCAAGGGCGAUGAGGUGAUCAGCCCAGGUAGCAAGCAUUCUCUAAUAAGUCCAGUCCUCGGAAGUCCGACUGCAACAAGAACAGACAGAAUAGGCGAUGCAGCUUCUGUAAGUGGUAGCCACGGUAUCAGCAUCAACAUUGGCGGUUGUAAUGUCGGGACGCCGACUGAAGGAAUAGACAAAGUUCCUGGCAUUCCUUCUACAAAUAGUAACCAAGAUAUAUUGGCCGCAUCACGUGAUGCCGACAAGGUGAAGCAGUUGGAGAAGGAGGCUGCAACGCACCGCCUAAAAAUGGCGGAACUGGAAGCUAAAAACGCGCGCAUGUCAAGAGAGCUAAAUCGCAUCAACAGCGAAAAGACAGCAGAGGCGGCGUUAGCCACUGAAAACAUGUCGGCCGAGGAUAGAAUACGCCAAGAGUUGAUGCAGGAGAUACACGAUUUAGAAGAUGAACUAG